AUGAUGGCAACAAAGCUUGAAUCAGAAUACCCACACUCACCAACAAACGAUGAAUCAGAUGGUGAGGGAGAUGAUACUGUAAAAAACAAGGGUGAGGAUACUGUAGAAAACAGUUACGAAGAAGAGGAAGAAGGCAAGGAAGAAGGGGACGAAGAAGAGAAGGAAGAAGAAGACGAAGAAGAAAAGGAAGAAGACUGCGAAGAAGAGAAGGAAGAAGAGGACGACGAAGAGAACAAACAUCCAGUAGAUAAUGAUUUUGCGAAUAUAUUAAAAAAACUUGAAUCGGUAGGCGCUCUAUUAAAAAAGCCUAAAAGAGAAGAAGAGUAUCGCUGUUAUACUUGUGACGAAGAUUUCUCAAAUUGGGAUAGUUUAAAUAAUCAUUUAUUUCAACACGUGUCCUUGCCCUCAGUGGUGCUUGACAAGCUGCCGUCAGACGAAGAAGACACGGCUCCAUCCGGAGAUGAAAAUUGGUCCGACGAAGAUGUACCUCAGCCUCCACCUAAAUCCGAUGCGAAAAAAGCGCCGCAAAAAGUUGACAUAUCUCAGAUUUUAAAGAAAACAGGUUUAUCUAUUAAAAAGACAGGGGACACUGAUAAAAGCUCUGAUGCCGCCUUAAACAAAUUGAGUGGCUUGGGUUUUACCAUAAAGAAAAAUUCAACUCCUAUUAAAAAAGAAAAAGUUGAUGAACCUGAACAACAAAAUGAAAGUGAUUUAAUGAAAAAGUUAGGGAAACUAGGAGGCAUUAAAUUGAAGCUUAAAUCGGAUGGCAACAAUACUAACACAUUUAAAGUAAUAAAUGGCUUAAAAGACUUUAAAGCAUCUGAUGAUGAAGAUGAAGGAAGUGAAAACGAGGAUAGCAAAAAUGAUGAAGAUUCGAGUGAAGAUGUUAAACGUAAAAAUCAAGAAGCAGAUUGUGACCAGGAGUCUGACGAAAACCAAUCCGUUAAUAAUAGUCGUAGGAGUUCUGAAAACAGUGAAUCUGGAAGAAGUAACAGAGGUAACCAAAUCAAAAGUAAAAUUAAAACUGAACCGAUUACAACUCCAAAAAAAGCAGGUCCAGCUAGCAAAACGUCUAACGAAUGUUCUAGUAAAUCAACAAAGGAACCACCAGCUAAGACAUCUGUUAAUGAGAAUCAAGUUAAGGCUAAAUCACCAUCUAAAAUAACUGCUAAAGAAACGCCUCCUGCUAGGCCUUCUGGAAGACCGUCAGUCAAACAAACUCCGAAAAGGGGAACUAACAAUGCUCUACCGAUAAAGAUACAAGAUCAACCAAAAGCUAUUAAAAAGGAUUCAUCACCAGUAAAAGAGUUACCAGCGGCAACACCGGAAAGGCGAGAGUCAAAUAAUGACAUCAAUCUUGACAAUGUUGUUGUGAAAAAAGAGGUACCAGAGCCUGUAAGCUCAGAGUCACAAUCGUCAAAUACACCUUUAUUCUCUGGCCAUAUUAAAUCUGAAAGGUCUUCGCCGAUUCCACCAGAUCGAGCAGUUACCCCAGUACUAGCUAGGGUUAAAACAGAACCGGAUGUUCCAGCCACUACUAGUUCUCAACCAAUUUUUAGUCCAUCAAAUACAACAAGUGCACCAGUUACUCCUCUUCUUCCAGUUACUAAGACAGAGGAUACAAGUAUGACAAUAAUUGAGAUUAAUGGUGAUUCUAAUGACGAAGAUGAUGAUUGUUGUGUUGUGUCUUCUACACCUGCUCCUGAUGUAAAACCGAUUAUUCCGAAAACUGAGAAUCUACCGCAACAGCUACCACCUGCGUACCCAACAUCAAUGUCUUAUCCAACUUCAGUACAAUCAAGCUAUAACACAGCGCCUUCACUCUCGUCUCGACUUUCAGCUACACCGUCCACAGAAAAACAACAUAACUUUAAUUGGAAUGCCCCGGACUCGAAACCACCAAUAGAUAUGCUUGAAAAAAGUGCCGAUGAAAUUUUCGAAAGCCUUCUUUCAUCAUCUACUAAAAAAGAAAAUAUGUCAUUACUGUCUGACGCAAGUGAGUACAUAUCCCUCGAUACAUUAGGCCCACAGCAUUCAUGUGAGAUCUGCAACACCAGAUUUACUGAUAUAUCACUUCUUGAAGAGCAUAGAAGAAUUUCAGGCCAUUCUAAUAGCCUAAUGAAUGCAUCAUCUUCCACACUUAUGCCAUAUAACCCUUCAUCGAAUAUUUUAUCUAGCCUGUUACCAGUUAAACAGCUAGCAGAACAAGUUGGAAAGUUGUCGACUAUUGGUGGAAGCAGUAGUUCAGGCUUUACACAUCAGCAAAAUGUAAUGAUUAAUAUCCAAGCUUAUCCUGGAGGAGGAGGAGUUAUGGUACCGCCGCAACCCUACAACGCAUACGCUCCACCGCAAGCAGGGUACCCUCCAGCACCAAAUAACAUGUACUCAUCCCCAGGACAGACUAUGCCAGGCCAGUAUCCAGGCUCUAAUUACGGUCAAUCUAGUUAUGGCCAGUAUCCGUCGCCUAUGUCAAAGGCUUGUUAUCCAGGGACAAUGCCGCAAAACAUUUACUCUAAUGCACCUUCACUUUAUUCAACUGCCUCUCCACUUCAGAGUAUGCAGCAGUCUGUAUAUGGCCAAACUGCUCCUGGUUUACAUAAUCAACAAACUGUUAUGGGACCCCCUGGUUCCUCGCCUGGCCAAGGUUACGCGUCUGCUCCUAGUCCUAGUGCAAAACAAUCGCCAAGCAACAUCAGAAUUCAGAAUGUACAAACUUUUCCUCCUGGUCAAAUGGUAGGGUCAGCACAAUCCAUGAACAAUCAAUCAAUGGGUCAAGUUAUGGGAUCUAACCAACAACAUAUGCACGGUCAAGAAAUGUCUUCAGGACAGGCAGUCCCAGGACAAAUUACAGCACCUACUCAAAUUCGAAUGGCAGCGGGUGCUAAUGUAACAGGUUCGAGGCCGCGAAUGCCGAACAUUCGAGGUACUCGACCAUCUAUACGACCUGGAAUUCAAGUGCAUGGACAAGUUAGAGGUGCAGUAAAACAAGGACCUCGUAUGCCAUUAAAAAGGCCAGGAACUGUAGUUGGUGGACCUGUGCAGAAGAGGCGGCCCGACAUGUUGCUUCCUGGCAAGCACGACAAUGAGGACUGCCAAGUAAUGGCUAUGCAAAAACAACGUGAUGGCUUGCCCAUGAUUCAGAGUGUGCAAGGUGCCAAAGAUAAGUUGAAUCUUGGUAGUCAAAUUUCUAUAACUAAGAAAACUGUAAAUAAGGAAGCAAAUGCGAUGGCAAACGUGUUAGCAUCUAGGGGUAUUAGUGUGAAGCAAAAGCAGAAAAGUCGGUCGCCCUCGCCACAACGUCCACUCCCUAACAUACCUAACCUUGGCGCUGGUGUCAGCAUUAAACAUUCUUCAAAGUCUAGCAAUUUUUCGAUACCAGAAGCAAAGGUCGGUGGUGGUAUGAUGGCAUGCAAAAUAUGCAAGAAAAUGUUCAUGAACUCUACAUCUUUAUCGGUACACAUGACAAAUGCUCACCCACAAAGCAAAAUACCUGUAUUCAAAUGUGACGAAUGUCCAGCUUCUUACCCAAAGUCAUUACAGCUGCAGCACCAUAAAAGGGUAUUUCAUAAUGUUUCUGGUCCUAAUAGGGAAUUAGGAUUGCCAGUUGUAGAUUUAUCUCAAGAAGAUAACUUAAAACGAUUGAGUAGUUUAGGUAUAUACAGUUUUAUUCCACUUGCAAAUCGGGAGCAAGCGAAUGGAUGCUUUGGCAUUCCGGUGAUAUCAGUGCACAAUGUUCAGAAUGGCAUGACGAGUAGUUUGCAAGCGCUUGGUGCUGAUGGACUUUUAAGCUUAGGACCUCUCAAACCUUUACCAAAUUCAUAA